ACUUGAUCAUCCAGUCGCAGAGAUUGUCGCGUAAUUAAAGAUUUCAGUCGGCUUUGGUGAGGUUCUCGUUUGUCGGAAGGCUUGAUUGAGAUUUGAGGCUUGGAUCGUCACUCUUGACCAAAAUCUGUGAGUGAGUGAGAGUGACUCUGAAUAUUAGUGACUCAGUCACAAGGACGACGCAUUCAAGCCAACUGAUAAUUGAGUGCUCUAGGCGUGCCCAUUCAUUUUCCAGCACUACCCAAAAAAACCGACAAAAUGGUGCAACAAAUCGCUGACAUGGACGAGCUUCGAACCCAGCUCACCAAUGCUGGUGACAAGCUGGUGGUGAUCGACUUCUAUGCUACCUGGUGUGGUCCCUGCAAGAUGAUCGCCCCUCAGAUCGAAGAGAUGGCCUCCACCAUGGACGACGUGGUGUUUCUCAAGGUCGACGUGGACGAGGCCGAAGAGGUUGCCGCCGAAUACAACGUCACCGCCAUGCCUACAUUCAUCCUCAUCAAAAACUCGAAACAGAUCGAGGACCUGAUGGGAGCCAAUUCAGAUAAGCUCAAGGAGCUGGUCAAUAAGCACAAGUAGAUUCAACUAGCCUUGCCGGGGCGCAAAGUUUGCACGACCAGAUUUUGUCCUUCAUCUACAACUACUACUACUAUUAUUGUAACAACAGCAACAACAACAUCUUCUAUGUUCAUUAAUCACCCACAUCAUGAAGAAAGAUCCAAUACAAGAGCUAGAAAUCCUACACGACACAUUCUUGAGACCCACUCGGAUUUCACUUCAUUUGCCAUCGAACCCUCGACCUUGUGAUACAAGAGCUAGUUCAGGGCAACCCUAACAUCUGAUUUUGGGGAUUUCUUGCUCUCAGCGAAAUGAUCCACCUCGCUCGCCAGUAUCAUGAUCAUCUGGAUGAUGAUGAUCAUGAUGAUUAUGAUAUUCUUCAUCUCAAUCAUCACAAAACCAGGGCAUCAUCUGUUCUACUAUGUUUAUUAUGAGUAUCAUUGAUAUCAAUACUACGAUUCUAAUUGA